AUGUCUAUAUUUGAAAUAGGGCAAGAUGGUAAACAGCUUAUUUCUAUCUGCGAAGAUCGCAUUCGUCGCAGUAGCCUCAAUAGAACGGCCAUUGCCGAGCUCGAAAGUGUCGCAUAUCAACACGCGAUGCCGGAAGCAACUGAAAGGCAACAGAGAAAUACGACCCUUGUUGCGGAACGCAGAAAUUACGCCGGAACUCCGAACUUUACCGCUAUGUAA